GUGGAUUGUGUUGUGUUUUCUUUCAACUGCAAAAAUUAUUGUGCAGGGCCAGCUGCCAAAAUAGGCAAACAUAUAUAUUUAUAUUAUCUAAUUGCACAAUUGUGAAGCAAGCAAAGUGCACAGCAAUGUGCGUUGCAGAGAACAUUUUGUUAAAACUCUAUUGAAAGUACGCGUGAUUGUGUAUGUGUGUAAAAAGUGCCGGGAAAAGAGCGUUAACAGGGAUAAAAAGCAAACAGCGUCAAAUACCAAGCAAUGGACUCAGCUGUAGUAAGAGCUUAAGCCAUAGCAACACAACAGCAACAUAAAAACGAACGCCAACAACGACAUAUCAAGUUAAGAGCUUAAACUUUCAGCAAUUGGCAGCCAUGUUUGACGUCACUUGGCUGCCCACCGCCUGUGGCUCACUAGCGCCAGCACUGAUACCGCCUGCGCACAUUGUCAUACUCUGGUACUUCUGGGAGAACUAUGCCAGAUACGUGGACAGGCACUUUUGCACCUGCAGCUGCUGGGAUACUGUGUUCAAAGGUCCCUACGAGUCGGGUGUGGCGGCGUAUAAGCACAUGUACUUCAAUGCCACUCCCAAUAGUUUCAAGAUGUGGAUAUUGACAGUGUUUGCUGUUAUUGCUUUAUAUGAGUGCAUUAAGCGCUUGAUAGCAUUGAUCCUGCAGCAACGUGUACGCUACUCUAUGCUAUUCCUCUUUUUGCUCUCCAUCUUUUCGCAUUACUAUGCCUGGUGGGCGUAUAUCAACUACUACAACGAUGACUACUACAAUCAAUGGAAUCAUCAGCUCUUCUUUACAGUAACCGAACUCUGCUCCACGGUGCUUGUCAUGCAUCUGGCCAACGCCACCAAUGUAGUCAAACCCAAAAAGGUAUUCUGCAUUGUGGGCAUUGCUCUGCUGCACAUACUCGCCGGCAGUUUUGAUCAGUUCUUUAUGAACGUGGUGCGUGGCGAGGGAGCAGCACAUCAGGUGGUGCGAGAUAUAGGCUUCAUGUUGCCGGAUUUGCUGCAUCUGAUUGUGCCCAUUUGGCUGCUGCGCAAGACACGCAGCGAAAGCUUCACCACGCGUCCUUUCUAUCGUGAUCGCAAGCUACAUCGUGAUAUUGUUGUCUGCCUGUGCCUCGUGUCGCUCCUCUUUGUGCUCUGUACAAUUUUGUGAGAACGAAUACUGCUGGGAGCCUAUGAGAUAGAACAUGGCAAAAUAAAGCCAGCAGAGGAUGCAGCGUUGCAGCUGCUUAAUCGCUAUCGCAUGCUGGCGAACAGCAAUGUGCACAACUAAGCAGUGGGUGGAAGGAUGCGGAGCGGAGCUGGCGUCAAUGGACAAUAUGCAGCACUUGCUAGUAAGUCAGUAAGUGUGUGAAAAGGUUAUACACAAAAUACAUAUACAUUUACAACAGUUUUAAAUUCUAUUUAAAAUUUGUGAUAGUUUUUUGUUUAAUACUUAUCCAACAAAUAUUUGACUUCCAGCUAGGUUGAAACAUAUCCAUUUACCCGCGCUUAAAUACAGCACCAUAAGAUACACUUAGUCUAUUCUAGUUACAACGAAUAUAUAUCA